ACAGCUUAGCAAAGUUAGAGUCUGGUUGUGGUGGUUGCUGUUGUUGGAUUAUUGAACGGCCAGAAAUGUAUUUUCUUAUGAUUGAAGUCAUUGUGUUCCUUCAGUUCUCUGCUGUGGGAGCAAUCAAAACAACUGGGAGCUACUGGACACUCAAACCUAAUGUGAUUGUGGCGGAUGUGGAUGUAGCUCAAGAUAUGGACAUGAUACAAGUACCUCUGAUCUGUGGUGAAAAGUUUGAGGGAACCAACAUUACAUGGACAAAAAAUCAAGGGGAGCUGCUGGAGGCGAGUGGAAACCGGAUUAUCGUCACAGUGGAGGGGUGGAAGGGGGCCAACUAUUCGUGUUACAACAGCGAGGGCUCCUUCCUAAAUCACACGCUAGUGUUGGCUCAGUGGACUUUUAGGAAAAUUAUUAAGAACACCCCUUCGAAAGGUUACAUUCAUUGUUCAUCAAAUAACUAUGGUGGCUCCUUUAAAUGUUCCUGGACAUGGGGCGCGAACAGGGACGACCAAGUUGCUGUUGUGGCUCAUAUCAAAGUUAUGAGAUCUCACAGUGAAAGCCAGAUCAGCUGUAGUCUGGAUCCCAGGGGACAGAGUAUAACAUGCUUGGACCAACACUACUGUCCCUAUGCAGAAGAGGUUGAACGCAUCAACCUGACCAUUUACUUCAGAAGCAGCUAUGUUUUAGAAACCUACUACACAGAGUUCUACAUCAGGGAUAUUGUGAGGCCUGACACAGUGGAUAUUAGCAAGCUCAAUCAAACUUCUGUUAAACUAGACUAUCCACACUCCUGGAACACACCAUACUCCUACUUUCCCCUCAUCUUCCAAGUGAAAGAGAUUCGCUGUCAGAAAAGCAAAAAAUGUGAUUGUUCCGAACCGAACUCAUCUGAGAUAUUAACACAAAAUCCUCAGCUGUCAGUGAAUAAAGGCAUGACAGUGUGUGUGAGAGCACGGGAUAGAUUUUGUAAUUCUCCUUGGAGUGAGUGGAGUCACUACAAAUGCAAAUCCCGGAAAAAUAGGAAGCAGAGGAACCAAGAACAAAAGUUAAAUACAAUGCAAACAUUUAUUAUGCAUUAAAAUAAAAAUAUUUAUUUAGUUUAGUAAUUUAUUCAGCUUAUUUAGUAUUUAUAAAAGAUCAAUAACACUUCAAAUUUACUACAACUACUUGUGGAAUUAAACAAUUAAAGACAUAGUAUAUGUUUUUGUAAUAUAUUAUGUCUUACGAUAAAUACUCUGAGGAUAUUGGUCUUAAAUUAACUAUUUAUUUUUUAUAUUGUGUACACAAAUUGUACUUGAAUUGUGACUGUAAUGAUUAUGCCUUUUAAUGAAUGUAUGUGAUAUACAACAACAAUGAUCUCAAUUUGUCUUGUGUUUCCAUUGUGCAAACGAUUUUAUGUUACACCACACUGUCAAAAAAUUGUCAAAAAUGAGCUCCCAAGCUGUCACUGUGGCAGUACCUAUUAUAAAGGUCCUAAUAGAUACAGAUAUGUAUACAUUUGGUACCAAUAUGUACAUUUGAGGUACUAUAUUAACUCUUAGGGGCGGUUUCACAGACAGGGAUUAGACUAGUCCUAGACUUAAAAAAAUGUAAGAGAAAACAACAUGCACUGACCUAUCUUAAAAUAAAAUGCAUCAGUGCCCUUUGUUUAGCCUUAAACCGCACGCCAGUAAUGUUUUAAUGCAUGUUUGUUAAAACUAGUUAUAUUUCCUAAUUAAACUAAGGCCUAGUCCUGGUUUAAGAUAAUCCCUGUUUGGGAAACCACCCCACAAGGUGCAAAGGGUACUGCCCCCAGUGUCAGCUAGGGGACAUUUGCUCUGACCUCGCAGUCAUGGAAGAUAAUGCAUCAUCUGUAUUGACUUUGUUAGGGUCCUAAUUAUGUGCAAAUGUCUUUUCUUACUCUUUAGAUCUCACACAAGAGCGUUCAAGAUAAGCAACACAGGAAUUGCUGUCAAAGCUCGAUGUGGAGUAAAGCAAAUUGCUACUCCCCACAAUUUGAAGGAUCUCUGUACAGAGCUCCCAUUGAAAAGCAAACAACAAAUUGAUCUGUAACUGUUCAAAUGUUGUGAAUAAAAAGGCUGUGUAAUUAAAGUCCAGAAAAUCACACGUAAUGUACCUUGAGUAAUAUCCACCAUGAAUUACCUAUUAAAAAACAUUUUGGUGCAUUUUUGGAAAAAAUACAAUUUGUACAAUAUGUUCACUGCCUUGUUAUAUAAGGAACUAAUCUAAACAGACCUGAUAUUUACUUUCUGGGGACAAUCUGGCAAUUCAAGGCUGUAAAUAGUGUUAAAAAGGAACAAGAACAAAAACAAAAAUGAGGGAAAUGCCAUGGGAUUAACAAGCACAUUGUGUGUGACUGG